GCAGCGAUAAAGUCGGUGAUGUGAACGGGUUGUUUUUAGAGUGGUUUACUGCAUGAUUAAAGCGUUUGGCAAACGGCCAAGGGAUAUGGAUAACGCUUUUAUUUGGUUCUUUGUGUGCUUGUGGCGUCUUGUUGAUGUGACAGAUGAAAUGAAGUCAGUUUCAGUGAUGGAGGGAGAUUCUGUCACUCUAAACACAGAUAUUACUGAAGUACUGAAAUAUUUGUCAAUACAGUGGAUGUUCAGAAGCACAAGAAUAGCUGAAGUCAGCAGACUCACGCAGACAAACUUGACAUACGUAGGUCCUGAUGGGAGAAUGAGAGACAGACUGAAACUAGAUCAGACCGGAUCUCUGACCAUCACAAACACCAGAACCACAGACUCUGGACUUUACAAACUAUCACUUAUCAGCAGAGAGACCAAAUACAAGAGUUUCAAUGUUACUGUCUAUGAAUCUCCACAAAGCACUUCAUCACCAGAAAGAUCAUCAACCUCCAAUUUCUUGUCGUCCUGUUGUGCAGUGAGUAAUUUAUCUUUCACCCAGACUGAAGAUGCCAGCAUUACUGAACUCCAUCAGCCAAGUUCAGACCUCAUCCACUGUUGUGGUUUCAUUGAAACUGUGAUCCGAUUGGCUCUCUCUGCUCUGGUGGGCGUGGCUACUGUUGCUUUUCUGGUUUAUGAUAUCAGAUCUACAAGAAGUGAGCUGAACAGAACAGAAGAGAGCAGAUCCCACCGUCAGACCAUCAGUGUGAAAUGAGCAGAAGGUUUAGAUCCAGAUAUGUUUGCUGGUAUAAACCCAAAAAUUAAAAAUGCAUUAAGAUUUUCUGUAUUUGCACUAACAGAUUAUUUUUCAUUCAUUGGCAUUUACUGGUUGUGUAUGCAUAGAAUAUGAUUUUGAUUGAUCUGUUAAAUGAAAUACAUGGCUCUAAACAUAAUUACGCCAAAUAAAAUAAGAAUUAGCAACGCAUACUGUAGCCUAUAUAACUUCACAUGAUGAUGAAUAUUUGCAUCACAAAAGCUAAAUGAAGCAAUUAUGGUGAUGAUGACACAUAUAUUUUUUCCUGUCCCAAUUUAAAAAUAAUAUUCUUCUAACUGCUGGCCUGUGUCCGAGAAGACUGGGCAUUAUAAUAACGCUUUAAAGGUGUAUGCACUGUAUUAUAUAACAUGAUAAAAUCUUUGCUGUUGCACACAAUCUCCUCCAGUCCUUCUGUCGUCUGAUUAAUAGUUAAAGACUGUUUUAUCAAGUUAAAGUCUUUUAGUAUAAUUGUACAAACGUGUCUCUCUGCUGUGAAAUCUGUAUCAAGUAAACGCAAGAAUAACUCUGAUAUUGUAAGUGAUAUUUAAACUGCACUGAAGCAGCUUCGAUACAACAAAUUGUCUAAACUGACUGUAAUCUGUAUUAUUAGUUUAAUGUCUCUCGCAUCACAGAAUCAUUUACACUCCAAUCAACAUUUUCUGUCUCUUUAACUUAUUUGCUAAGCAGUCAUGAAAUAAGUGGGAUCACGAAGAGUUGACAGGUGUGAUUUUUUCCUAAAUCAUUUCCAGCAAUAAAGCGGGAGGAGAGGGAUCAUCAUCAGCUGUGAAGGGUGGGAAAGGGUUCACUGCACACCUCAUCCAUCUCAACACGUCUACUUAAAUGUGUAAUCAUGAAAGCCAGUUCACAGCUUCACUCUAAAGCAGGUCAAACGCUCGGGUCUCUGUCUCCACCUGCUGGACGGAGUCUGUAACUGCAGCUGUCAGGCUGAGGUGCGUCUCAGUGCGGAUAGUGAUAGCAAACGUGGCCGACAAACACUGACCAGUCACAUUCACAUGAUCAUUAAUGACACUUUUGCAUUUGAACAAAUCCCUGCUUUAGAACCACUCUUAUGCAGCUGUGCACAACUGUGACAUUUCUGGAUUUGCCCCUUUACAUUGCACAGUGCUACACAACCUGUUGGUUUAGGGUUAUUCCACAGUAAUACUUACUGUAAACACUGCUGUAAUUGCAUACAAGUUACAACAUUUGACUUUAAUUUAACAGCAUUCAAGCUGUUGACUGCAGUGGUUAGGCCGUUACAGCAUGUGUGGUAUGGGACCUGCAUGUUUUAUGUCUCAAUGACAUGCAAGAAAACAACCAAAUAAUGGAUUUAUAAUAUGUGUUGUAAUGUUUUGUUACUUAUUUAAAUCCCCUUAUUACAAGAAAAACAUAGGACAAGUUUAACAAGUUUAUUAAAAUCUUGAAUGUAUAGAAGGGUGCACACUUCUUAUAUUCCUUGCUGAUUAACUUUACCUGAGUCCUAGAUUGCUCGGGUCCAUGGAGUGACGGCCACAUUCCAUGUGGCAGCAGACAGAGGGAGAGGCGGUGCUUCAAUCUCCUAAUUUGUGCUGUGCCAGAGGAAGUUGGACUGUACCAUCAUGUUCUGAGUUAGAGGGGAUCUUUUGUGUUAUGUCAUUCAGGUUAUCUGUUUGUUGGUUUGAGCAUUUUCUUUUCAUGAAUUUUAGGUAGAUGAUUGUAUUAUGUUAGGUAUGAUAGCAUAUAUUGUUCUGUGACCUGCCAUUUUGUUUGAGUUUAUUUGGUAAAAUUAUUAUUUGAUAUUUACCUUUACUUGGUUUGGUAUGUGCUAAAUGGGUAUUUAUAGCAAUGAUGAGAUGUUAACAGGGAAGUUAUUUUUCUUUGAUUGUUUAAUUUUUUUUUUUUUUUUGAUUAUUCCUUUGUAUAUACUUUGGAAAUGAUUUUCAACUUCCCUGUUAAGUUUAUUUAUUUAUUUUUUUUGUUGGAACAAAUAAACCCUUCCCGUUUUGCUUACUACCUGUCCAGCUUGUUCUUGGCCCGACCACCACAACAGGUUAAUAAAUCAAGGUUAUUGGUCUUGUUUAGUGCUUUUUUCUUUCAUAAUAUCCCACCUAAAUCACAACUUAACCCUUUAACUGACAUCUCUACUGUACAGUAGACCUUUAUUUGAUAGGGAAUAAAUCUGUCAGAAUGUUAUUUUUUGUUAUAUACAGGUGCUGGUCAUAUAAUUAGAAUAUCAUCAAAAAGUUGAUUUAUUUCACUAAUUCCAUUCAAAAAGUGAAACUUGUAUAUUAUAUUCAUUCAUUACACACAGACUGAUAUAUUUCAAAUGUUUAUUUCUUUUAAUUUUGAUGAUUAUAACUGACAACUAAGGAAAAUCCCAAAUUCAGUAUCUCAGAAAAUUAGAAUAUUACUUAAGACCAAUACAAAGAAAGGAUUUUUAGAAAUCUUGGCCAACUGAAAAGUAUAAACAUGAAAAGUAUGAGCAUGUACAGCACUCAAUACUUAGUUGGGGCUCCUUUUGCCUGAAUUACUGCAGCAAUGCGGCGUGGCAUGGAGUCGAUCAGUCUGUGGCACUGCUCAGGUGUUAUAAGAGCCCAGGUUGCUCUGAUAGUGGCCUUCAGCUCUUCUGCAUUGUUGGGUCUGGCAUAUCGCAUCUUCCUCUUCACAAUACCCCAUAGAUUUUCUAUGAGGUUAAGGUCAGGUGAGUUUGCUGGCCAAUUAAGAACAGGGAUACCAUGGUCCUUAAACCAGGUACUGGUAGCUUUGGCACUGUGUGCAGGUGCCAAGUCCUGUUGGAAAAUGAAAUCUGCAUCUCCAUAAAGUUGGUCAGCAGCAGGAAGCAUGAAGUGCUCUAAAACUUCCUGGUAUACGGCUGCGUUGACCUUGGACCUCAGAAAACACAGUGGACCAACACCAGCAGAUGACAUGGCACCCCAAACCAUCACUGACUGUGGAAACUUUACACUGGACCUCAAGCAACGUGGAUUGUGUGCCUCUCCUCUCUUCCUCCAGACUCUGGGACCCUGAUUUCCAAAGGAAAUGUAAAAUUUACUUUACCACUCAGCAGCAGCCCAGUCCUUUUUGUCUUUAGCCCAGGCGAGACGCUUCUGACGCUGUCUGUUGUUCAAGAGUGGCUUGACGCAAGGAAUGCGAAAGCUGAAACCCAUGUCUUGCAUACGUCUGUGCGUAGUGGUUCUUGAAGCACUGACUCCAGCUGCAGUCCACUCUUUGUGAAUCUCCCCCACAUUUUUGAAUGGGUUUUGUUUCACAAUCCUCUCCAGGGUGCGGUUAUCCCUAUUGCUUGUACACUUUUUUCUACCACAUCUUUUCCUUCCCUUCACCUCUCUAUUAAUGUGCUUGGACACAGAGCUCUAUGAAUAGCCAGCCUCUUUUGCAAUGACCUUUUGUGUCUUGCCCUCCAUGUGCAAUGUGUCAAUGGUCGUCUUUUGGACAACUGUCAAGUCAGCAGUCUUCCCCAUGAUUGUGUAGCCUACAGAACUAGACUGAGAGACCAUUUAAAGGCCUUUGCAGGUGUUUUGAGUUAAUUAGCUGAUUAGAGUGUGGCACCAGGUGUCUUCAAUAUUGAACCUUUUCACAAUAUUCUAAUUUUCUGAGAUACUGAAUUUGGGAUUUUCCUUAGUUGUCAGUUAUAAUCAUCAAAAUUAAAAGAAAUAAACAU